AUGAGUAGUGAACGUAUUCCUCUUUCUUCGGGUAUUGAUUCCAGUUUUUAUGCUGCUCACGAAGUAUCUGCACGAGAUUCAGGUACUAGUGGAAUAGCUCGUCGUAUUGUUCCUGGUUUGACAAUAGUCUGCGUGUUAUUUGCUGCCGGUUCAACAAUAUAUGGUUCAGUUCAAGCUGAAUCUGCUGCGAUGGUCUUGCCAUUUACUGUUGUCCUAUGUUGGACGUUUAUUCAUUGCUUACUUUUGUUUUUCUCGAGAAAAGAUCACCAUGAAUUUCAUCCGCCAGCAUGGUUUCUAUUCGUUUCAAGUGGUCAUAUUUUUAUACAAUCAUUGAUCGUGAUUAUUUUAACAUUAUUCACAAAAUCAACUUAA